UCAACAAGUUAUUCGUACGUACUAUCCAGCAACUGCCCAAGUAUAUUACAGGAUCGAAGCAAAAAAGAAAAGAAAAAAAAAACACCCCCAUCGGGUCAUCCACCUCUAGCUACAGCCCAGUUUUCCAUGCUUCCCAUCAUCUCACAUGUCCGUAGCUGCAUCACCAACCCGAAGCCUUUACCAUGUCAAAGAGCGGGCCUCCGUCAAAUUUCAAGUGUAAAAAAAAACAAAUCCAAAAGAAGCAAAAAGAUAUCAAGCAGUAACUGUUCAUGA